UAACUUCAUAUUGGAUAAAAAAUAUGAACAUAAUGAUUUCAUUAAAUUACUUAAACUAAUAUAAACUUAUCAAUCAUAAUUGAGAAUGGAAAUUAUCAUUAUUUAUUGUCUAAUAGUUGAUUUGUGUAAAUAAUUGAUUACAUUUGUAAAUUAAUAUUUUAUUGGAAAAUAUUUGAAGGAAUGAAAGAUUUAUUAUGUAUGUUUAAUCACUAUAUACACCUACUUUAGCAUAUGAUGUUAACUUAUAGUAAACUAGAAGAAAGAUAAAAUUCCAUUAAUCUCUAAAAUUAUCACACAAUCCAUGAACUCCACUAAACUAUUACACCACCCACCCUCAAUUAUUUCCUUUUUUCUAACACCAAUUAACCUCUGAUCUGUUCUAGAAUAUAUAUAUAGUUAUUAUUGUAAACCUUUGUCAUUCCAGUUAUUUACAUUCAUUUAUGUCAAUUGUUUCACACUAUCUCAAUGUAAAAAAUUCUAUCACAUUUUUGGUUUGUAAUCAGCUGACGAGAAACCUCGAAAUAUUAUGAAUUCAUACUAUUCUGCAUCAAUAUUUGUUCUUGUUUUAUUUAAAUUCAUAAAGGGAACUAAUUGCAAGAAAGAUAAAAGUUGAAACUCUGCUUCAUUUUGUUUGAUUCAAAUAAUUCAUUAAUUAGUAUUUGUUAGAUUCCAUACAAACAGUGUGACGUAUGAUCAUACAACUAUAUCAGUAAUUUGACUAUCAAGUUAAUCUUUAAUUAAAUCGUUAGAUCAUUUUAACUUCAACUUUAGAAAGGAGUUAUUUUAACAAUGAAUAGUUUCAAAUGGUUUGGAUCUCUUCAGACAAGUUAAUAUUAUUAUUCUAUUUUUUCUCGUUUGCCAUUUUUGUAAAUGAAACAUACACAUGUAUACUGUUAAAUACUUUAUUUACUAGAUUGAAGAUAUUUAUUUUAAUUAUGAUGUAAUAUAUGAAGUGCCAUUAUGCAUUAAAAUACUCCCUUAAUUUAUUGCAAAUAUUAGUCGUGUAUUGAGUCAAUCUAUCGCUGAUUCCUGUUGUUGUCAUUAUCAUCAUUUAGUUGACCAUCUAUGGGUAUGUGCAAUUAACUACAGGGUCACAAUCGCUUAGAUGCAUUCACUCUAUUUUACUGUUGAUCUGGUGUCCCAGUAUUCUUUCAUACAUCUUUUCAUUCCGUCUUUUCGAACCAUAUUCUUCAGUUACAUGGGAUAGAAAAGUUGUGGUUAUUAGUGGUAUGAAGGACGAGCUUUUCUUCAUAUUAAAAAUUCGUCAGCCGGAUGUACCUGCAUUUUAGAGUUAUUGUUCAUACCGAAACUCAAAUGUAGCACUUUUCACUUCAAAUGCCAAACGUAUUAUCCACUGAGCUACUGAGUCCAAAUAAUCACUGAUUUGUUCAAAUUUCAAUCCCUAAUAUCAAAAAGGGGAUAACUCAAAAUCUUAUCAGUCAGAUAUUCUCGAGUUUUUAUUCUUAUCAUUGUCACUACAAUAAUCUCGAUUUCUUGAGUAUAUUUACUUUAAUAAUUUCAUCAUGUCUUUAUGAUAUGAUCUUGUUAAUUGCACUAACGGGCAUUUAUCCCAGGCUUACAUCAUGAAAGCUCCUGAAGAUGUUAUCACAGCUACUGUCUACCUGGAACAAUUUAUCAUUCAUACUGUAGGCUCUUCAUUACUUCCCAUACUAUUGCGAUUUCUAUUAAUGAAAAUACCUUCAACCAUUAUAUUUGGUACCAAUUCACAAAUGAAUCAAAUGACUACAAGUACGUCAACAACACCCGAAGGAAUUAAUCCCAUUGGUUCUUGUCAGUCGUCCUCUGUCGAGGCUACGCUUAAAGAUGAUGAUAAUAAUUCGCCUGUAUUUUCACCUGAAUCUUGUGAUGAUCCAUCAUUAUUCGGUGAGAAUCAAUUUAUCACUUCUAAUAGUAUAACUUAUAUGGAUUUGAUAAUUGCUCGUAUACAUCAGUGUAAUAGUUUACUCGGUAUCACAACCAUGUCGUUGAUGAACACCAUUAUCGAUCUACAUUGUGAAGAUAUCAUGUUCGUCCUUGUAUUAAAGCAUUUAAUUUCAGUUAGAGAUCAUUUAUUCAAUAUUGGAUGGACAUGGCCAGAUCCUAGUAGUGUAACUGAUGCAUCAACAAAACUACUUAAUUUAUCCUCCUCAUCAUCGUCUUUGAGAUUUAAUCUAGAUUCAGCCAGAUUUAAUGCAACAACAGAUGAAAGCAUAAUUCAUCAUUCAAAUAGUUAUCAUUAUCAUCAGCAUGAACAAAAUCGACAACGCCAACCAAGUCAUCGCAAUAAUACAGUAGCUCAAUUAGAUAUUGAUAAUGUGGAGGAGUUUAACUACUCUUCAGAUCAAUCAUUGUCUAAAGAGUUACACAAUAAGGAUGAAGGACUUGAAGUUUUAGCCUCUAAAAAUGAACCAUUUGUUAUGCAAAUAAAUAAUCUUCCAGUUGGUAGUCAAUUCUUAGCAAGUCAUUUAUUAAUUCCUCAUGCAGAAUUAACAGCGAAUUCAUCAUUAAUUUUUAAUAAUUAUUAUCAAAAUGAUUUUCAAUUGACUAAUAAACAAGAUUGUAACAAACAUACUUCACUUCAUAUUAAUAAUAAUAAUAAUAAUAACACUACUGCUAAUAUCAAUAAUCAACUUACACAACAAACAUCUCUUACAGAAUUAUCUUCUAAUCAUUCUUCUCCUACACCACCAUCUUCAAUUUCUUCUAUGUAUAAUAAUGAUACAACAAUGAAUUCAUCAAAUUCCAUGCUUGAUUGGUUAUCUUACACAUCAUGGGCUCAUCAAACUAUUAAAAUACGUAAACAUGCUUGUAAAACAUGGCAGUUAACAUUUGAUGCAAAUCAACCGACUAAUGAACAAAUUAAUUUAUUAAAUGAAAAUUUAAAGAAUUUACAAAUGACUGAGAAAGAGAGUACAACACAUUAUGAAAAAACACGUAAAUUCUCUGAAUAUGAUUGUCGUAUCGGUUUAGAUCCGUAUAAAAUUUACACAGAUUAUAAAUGUUUUAUUAAUAGAAAUUGUUAUACAAAUCGUGAUCUGGAAAUAAAUGCUAAUGAAUUACAUGCGAAAGCAUUGUGUAACGCAGCGACAAAAUUGAAUAUUGACACAGAUCUAGAUUUAGAUGGAUCAGAAAAUUUAGAUGAUUGUCCUCCGGUUGCUGAAAGUGAUCAAUAUACAGAUCAAUCAAAACAGAAACAACAAACGUAUCAUGAGAAAUUAUUUUCUAAUCAACAAAUUCAUAAAAGUGUGUCUGUAAGAAAUCCUAUAUGUAUGUCCCAUUCCAUUGAUCAUAAUCUCUGUACAUGUUUUAAGAAACCUAAAGAAUCCUUUGAAAAUUCAACUGAGACAUCCAUUCAUACGAAAUUAUAUGACAAAUCUCUAAUUAAAUCAUGGUAUUAUCUUAAUUUCCUGGAUUCAUUCGAUAUUAACGAACAGGUGAAUGUACAUAACCCUUUUAACAAUGUUAUCGAUACUACUAAUAUUGAAGAGAAUAGUAAAAUUAAACAAGAGGAAACGCAUCCGCAAUCAUUAGUAGGUGGUCCAUCAGAGUGCCCGGAACAAACUUUACACAAUGAAGGAUAUAUAACAAGUUUUAUGAAUUCCAACAGUAACAAUAAUUGUUAUUAUAGUGAAGACAAAUCUUGUGAAUUAAAUAAAUUUAUUGAAAAACUAGAGAAUUUUUCACCUGAACAUUUGAUGACUAACUUUAACAUACUGAAUGAAAGACAAGAACAGUUAAAAUUUGAUAAAAAGUAUUUUAGAAAUACCAACAACAUUAGUCGAUGUAAUAGUUUAUCCAGUUUACAUAAUUUUGUAGAUGAAUCAUGUCAGUAUUUUGAUAAAUUAUUUGGUCGAUUAAAAGCACCUAGUCUACAAAUAUUACCCAACCAAGUAAAUAAUCAUGAACUGGAAUUGUUUGAUAUACCUUUAACUGAAACAUAUCCAAUGUGUGCACCUCGGAAAAGUACAUCAGCAUAUUCGACAAAGGGAUUUUCCGAUUUGCAGUUAGACAAGAGCUGUAAUAAAAUAACUCAAAGAGCGAAAUCUUUAACUAGGGAUGAACUUCACAGCAAUACUAAUACUACUACUACUACUACUACCAAUAAUAAUAAUCAUAAUCGUGAUCGUCAUCAUCAUCAACACCGUGAUAAUUACUGUGAAAUGGGUUUUAAUCAUGGUUCAUUAAAUAACCUUAUACAAACUCGUUUAAUGAAUGAUUCAAACAGUCAUGAUAAUUUUAAUAGUCCAUGUUCAUUAGUUUUAAUGUCAUCAACGGAUACCAAAGAAAAAGUUAAAGAGAUGAAUAAGGAUUAUUUAAUAAAUUAUAAUCAAUGUCAUUUAUCUCCAUCAAGAGUACAAAUGAAUUGUCCUUAUAAAAAAUCAAGUAUUUCUACAAUCACAUCAACAACAUCUGGUGUUUAUUUAGAAACAAUACGACCAAAUUUAUCACAAAAUCCUUAUAAUAAUAAUAAAUCAUUAGGAUAUAAUGAUAUUGAUUUGAAUGUUGAUCAUAAUCAUAAUAAUAAUACUGAUACUAAUACUACUGAUUUCAAUACUACUCAUAAAAAUUCUAUGGAUUCUUGCACAAAUUAUCCAAAUUUAGGUCCAUUUUUAACCACUUUAUUCAAUCGCUUAGAAAAUUUCACCAAUAAUUGUUUUUAUGCUAAUCUCUAUUUAACUAACCUAAUAUCUAGUCUUGCCUCUUAUCCUAUACCAUUAUUACGAGCUAUUCUGUUCCUAACAAAUACAACACAAUUUGCACAAUCUAUGGCGGCGGCGGCGACAACAAAUUCACAUCAUUUCAAUACUCAAACCUUUAGAGCCAUAAACGAUAAUGUUCUUUAUUAUUUACCAUAUAAUAUUUUAUGUUUAAUUAAAGAACAAAUUGAAUUGUUCACUGUAUUGUAUACUAGACAAGUUAAAUAUUUCGGAUCUUUGGAUACAUUAAAUGGUUAUAGUUUUGACGAAUUAAAACAAGAAGCACGUCGUUAUUUAAACUGUGAGACAAUUGAUUUAUCUAAAUUAUCAAUAUCAAUGGAUACAUCAACAAUACCUUUAGGAGUAGAGAAAAAAAAGAAAAAAUUAAAAAGUACAAAUAUUUCGCAUAAACAAUCAAAAACUUUCACUACAGAUAAACAAAAUAUAUCACCUAUGAUGAAUUCGAAUAGACGGUCAUAUUUCCGGAAAUGGUUUAGCCUUUCUUCCAAAUCUAAUAAUAAUAAUAAUAACAAGAACUCAGAUAUUAUCAAUACUUCUGGGAACAAUCUUAAAAAUACUAGGAGCACAAAUAAAAAUCGUCUUAAAUCUUCUAACACUAAUGUAUUAAAUCCAAAAGAUUUACUUGACUUCUCACAAAUUCUACAAAAACCAAUGACAGAGUUUACUUUUCUAAUCGACCUGGACAGCAAUUAUCAACAGUUAAUUAAUAUUUUGUCUGACCAGGAGGCUACUACUAUUAGUGGUAGUAGUAGUAGUAGUAAUGGUAACAAUGCUCAAAAACGUCGAAGAAGUUUUCGAUUGUCCACAAUAAAACGGCUAAAAACCAAUGUAAACACUGAAGAUAGAAUAAUGUCAAUGAUGAUGAUGAAUACGGAAAAUUCAAUACUUGAUAUAUCUAGAAUACAAAGAAUGGUAUUAUGUGCAGUUAUAUUUGAAGAUUUUUGUAAAGAAUUAGCUGCUAUCUGUACAGAACACAGUGUUCAAUGGUGAUAACCACCUCUUCUUCUCUUACUAUCAUCAUCUUGUCUUCUCUAUAUUUUUCUUUGUGAACAUACAUACAUUCACUUAUACCUUCAUGUACCUUUUCUUUUAAUGAUCCAACCUUAUUUUGCACUGAUAUUCCCACGUUAUUUAUGUGUGUGUGUAUUUUUUGUACUUACCUUUAAUAUGUUUACAAUUAAGAAAAUCCUACCUGUUUUGUUUUUCUAAAAAGUUGUUGUUUUUGGAAUUAGAUCAAUGUCUAUUAUUUUUUUUGAAUCGAGGAUGACAAUUUUUAAAAAAAUAAUAUGUGACUGUAGAAAACAUAAUUUUCUAUGGAAAAGGAGAUGUAUGAUCAUAAUUGUCUUUCACUGACUAUAUGUGAUUAUUACUAUUAUUAUUGUUAUU